AUUGCCAAAACCGAAACCCCCCUGGCUCACUCACCACUCAAUCCCUGCUUUUUUGUAUUCCCGAAAUACCCUUUUUCCCUUUCCUUUCACCAAUCUCAGGCUGUGUCCCCAAAUCCUCUCUCUCUCUCUCCCUCUCUCUCUCACAUCUCCAGCUGCGCUUGAUGGAGGGAGAUCACCAGCAUCAGCAGAAGGAAUCGGCGAUGGACAAGCAGCGCAAAGGCCAGAAGAGGAAGCUGGAAGAGGACGCGUCGUCGUCAGCAGCUAUGGUUAUAGAUAUCGAAGAGAGACCGAGCAGAGGCGAGAUCCUCCACCACCUGUCGCCCGAGACCCUAGAUCUGGAGGUGAAGACUCAAGUUGAGGUCCUGCAGAGGAGAUUCUCAUGGCGGGAGCCUGAUCGGUUGGCCGCCAAGCGUGCGACUCACGUGCUGGCUGAGCUCGCCAAGAACGAGGAAGUCGUGAACGUGAUUGUUGAAGCUGGAGCGGUGCCGGCACUCGUGAAGCACCUGAAAGAGCCUCCGGCGAUCGCCGGAGGAGAGAGGCCGUUCGAACAUGAAGUUGAAAAAGGCAGUGCCUUUGCUUUAGGUCUUCUUGCGGUAAAGCCUGAGCACCAACAACUCAUAGUUGAUGCUGGUGCCUUGCCUCUUCUUGUUGAUCUCUUGAAAAGGCAUAAGAAAAGUUCCAACUCUCGUGCAGUUAUUAGUGUAGUAAGAAGAGCAGCUGAUGCGAUAACCAACCUUGCUCAUGAGAACAGCAGCAUCAAAACUUACGUCAGGAUUGAAGGUGGGAUUCCUCCUCUUGUUGAAUUGCUUGAAUUUAUUGAUCUGAAGGUGCAAAGAGCAGCCGCAGGUGCCUUGCGGACCUUGGCAUUUAAAAAUGAUGAAAACAAGAACCAAAUAGUGGAGUGUAAUGCUCUUCCUACCCUAAUUCUCAUGCUUAGGUCAGAGGAUGCUGCCAUCCACUAUGAGGCGGUGGGUGUCAUUGGAAAUUUGGUACAUUCCUCCCCAAACAUAAAGAAGGAGGUUCUUGCAGCAGGCGCUUUACAGCCCGUUAUUGGCUUAUUAAGUUCAUGCUGUACGGAGAGCCAGAGAGAAGCUGCUUUAUUGUUAGGACAAUUUGCUGCAACUGAUUCAGAUUGCAAGGUACACAUUGUACAGAGAGGUGCUGUCAGGCCUUUAGUUGAGAUGCUACAGUCUCAAGAUAUUCAACUUAAAGAGAUGGCUGCUUUUGCUCUUGGAAGAUUGGCCCAGGACUCACAUAACCAGGCUGGUAUUGCAUAUAAUGGUGGUUUGGCGCCUCUACUAAAACUUCUUGACUCAAAGAAUGGAUCUCUACAGCACAAUGCAGCAUUUGCUCUCUACGGAAUUGCAGAUAAUGAGGAUAACGUCUCAGAUUUUAUCAAGGUGGGAGGUGUUCAGAAGUUACAAGAUGGAGAAUUCAUUGUCCAGGCAACGAAGGACUGUGUAGCCAAGACAUUGAAACGGUUAGAGGAGAAGAUUAAUGGAAGAGUUCUAAAGCAUUUGCUUUACAUGAUGCGAGUAGGAGAUAAAGCUGUACAAAGACGUGUUGCUUUGGCUCUAUCUCACCUGUGUUCUCCUGAGGACCAGAAGACAAUUUUCAUCGAUAAUAAUGGGCUUGACUUGCUUCUGGGUCUUCUUGCCUCUACAAAUACGAAACAACAGCAAGAUGGUUCUGUUGCACUGUGUAAGUUGGCGAACAAAGCCAUGACACUCUCUCCUAUGGACACAGCUCCUCCUUCUCCAACACCACAGGUUUAUCUUGGUGAACAGUAUGUGAAUAGUUCCACGCUAUCCGAUGUUGUCUUUCUAGUUGAAGGUAGACGGUUUUAUGCACAUAGGAUUGCUUUACUUGCUUCUUCAGAUGCAUUUCGUGCCAUGUUUGAUGGUGGAUACAGGGAAAAGGAAGCAAGAGAUAUUGAGAUCCCAAACAUCCGAUGGGAGGUGUUCGAGUUGAUGAUGAGAUUCAUAUACACAGGAUCUGUUGAAGUAACUAUGACUAUUGCACAAGAUCUCCUGAGAGCAGCAGACCAGUAUCUCUUAGAAGGUCUGAAGCGAUUAUGUGAAUAUGCGAUUGCUCAGGAUGUUAAUCUUGAAAACAUCUCCAGCAUGUAUGAAUUAUCAGAAGCAUACCAUGCGAUGUCUCUAAGGCAAACUUGUGUUCUAUUCGUCUUGGAGCAAUUUGACAAGAUAAAUGCUAGGCAUUCUCUUUUGAUCCCACGUAUUAUCCCAGAGAUUCGCAGUUACUUUUCUAAAGCUCUUCUACCUAACCAAAGGAAUUCUCGGACCUGAUCAUCCACUGUCUACUUCAUGUAAACUAACACAAAAAUGCUGGGGUCUGUACAGUUUUGUGACCUUUCUGGCAAGUUACUGCUGCUGUUUUUUCUUGGGGGAGCAUGGAUGAGACUGGUCGAUACCGGAAGAAAGAAAAAAAAAAGAUCUUUCUGAACUUUGAGCUUAUCCUUUUUGAGUAAAACUCAGCUCAAGAUUUCUGGGGUUAUUUUCUUCACCUUUCAGCUAUAUAGGAAAGCUAGUUUCAUCAAACCUUCAAACGAAUUAGGAUUCUAUGGUGAGCACGGUUCGUUUGGCAUAUCCUUUGUGAUACAAGGGUCGGAGUUUUACCUAAGAGAGGAGCGUAUCUGAGAACCCAUGGAAAAGGUUAUUUAGAGCGUGAGAAGGCCUGUUGGGCUGUUUGCUAUCAUCCCAUGUAAUGUUCUUUCUCCUUCGUUCCUAUCGAGUUGCAAAUUCCUACAGGAUGUAGAAAAUUGUUGCCCAUUUUGAAUUGUGAUGUUGUAGAAGCCAUAUGGCUAAUUAACUUGUGAGCUGUCUCCCAUAUCAACAUUAAGAUAACCCAUUUGUUAGUAAUCCUUUUUUAUUUGAUUCUGAAUUUGGGGACCACAUUAAGAAAUA